UCAAAAUGUCGUUCCUAAACAAUCUGAAGAAGGUGUUUCACCUGGGCAGUGGAGAGGCGAAGAAGAAGCGCAUCUUCAACAACAUCCGUAUGGAUACGGAUCCGGCCGACUUCUGGGACAUGAUCGGCGAGCUUGGCGAUGGUGCGUUUGGCAAGGUGUAUAAAGCACAGAACAGGGAAACGAAACAGUUGGCCGCGGCCAAAAUGUGCACACUGGAGGAUGAGGAAAAUCUCAGCGAUCAUAUGGUGGAGAUCGAUAUCCUGUCCGAGAUCAAGCAUCCAAACAUUGUUGGUCUGUAUGAAGCGUUCUCGAUCGACGACAAGCUGUGGAUGCUGAUAGAAUAUUGUGAUGGUGGUGCCUUAGAUAGUAUUAUGGUGGAGCUGGAGAAACCUCUCACCGAGGCGCAGAUUGCUUACGUAUGCAAGCACAUGUGCGCCGGACUGUACCAUUUACACAAGAACAAGGUGAUACACCGGGACUUGAAGGCCGGCAACGUGCUGCUGACAAUGGACGGUGGCGUUAAGCUAGCGGAUUUCGGCGUUUCGGCCAAAAACAAGCACACGAUGCAAAAGCACGACACCUUUAUCGGGACACCGUACUGGAUGGCGCCGGAGCUGGUGCUGUGCGAAACGUUCCGGGACAAUCCGUACGACUUUAAGGUCGAUAUCUGGUCGCUCGGCAUCACGCUGAUCGAGUUUGCUCAGAUGGAACCGCCGAAUAGUGAAAUGUCUCCGAUGCGAGUGCUGCUCAAGAUACAGAAAAGUGAACCACCCAAGCUGGACCAACCGUCAAAGUGGUCGAAACACUUUAAUGACUUUCUCGCACGUGCGCUUGUGAAGGAUCCUCAGCAAAGGCCGUCAACAGACGUGCUUAUGGGGCUACCGUUCAUCAGCGGUAAUCUAGACUCGAAACCCAUCAAAGACCUUUUGCUCGAGUAUAAGGCGGACGUCGUCGAGGAGGAGCUGGUGGACGAGGAAGCUGAGGAACCCCGCAAUUCUGCUCUUCCGCUCGACUUGGAUGAUGAUUCUUCGUCCCUGCAGAGUCAAGAAACUGACAAGCUUCCAGAUACACCUACGUCCCUAUCGAAAUCGUCCAGGGAUUCGAAAGAGUCUACUCCCGUUCCUACCACCGAAGAUGAUUCCAGCAAAGCGAAAAUUGGCCCGAUACCGGUUCCGGUCGGUGCGGCGGCAGGUCCGCCGGUCACGGUACCGCCGGAGAAAACUCCUGCCAGUGUUGAAACUAAAACGGAAAUCAAAAAAUCCCAACCCGCGCCGCCAAACGCCACAUCACCGGCCGGCGGAGAGAUUUCACCGCAACAAACGAUCCGAACGGCUUCUUCCUCAUCGAACAUCAGUGGUGGAGCGGUGAAUGUUCCCACACCGGUGCUGCCGGUGCCUAAAGAAGUUAUCUCUGAAGUACCACCAUCACCGCUGCCCACGAGCGAAUUCCAUUCUGAGCCAGUGGUUGGUAGUGAGCCGAGGAGGACGUCGGUUGCUGGCAGUUCGGCCAAUUCUUCCGCUGUCAAAAAAGGACCAGCACCUCCACCACCACAAACACCAACAUCGCCAACGGUCAAGCAACAACCUUCAAUGUUGCUGCCGUUUGAUGGAUCUGUGUCGAAGGAUGUGGUACCACCAACACCACCUGAAACGCCACAAACACCACCGGAAAAUGAUUCCACGGUACGGGCACUCGAUCGUCCAGAUGCAACGGUACUGGGCGGUGCGAUGCCCCCACCACCUCCGGCUCUGAUGCGAAUGGGAAGCAGCGGUGUGAUUGAAGAGCAGCACACCAAGUCACCCCGCAAGGAGCAUGCACCGACACCACCGUACGAUCGAGAUAGUUCCAAGACUUCCACCCCAACGAGCGCUAAAUCGAUCGUUAGUAGCCUCCAGGAGCGUCCUUCAUCACCGAAAGCUCCUUCUAGUAAUAACAAUGUUGCCAUUCCGAGAGCGGUUCAUCCGCCUUCCUCUACUUUACAGGAGGAGGUUGGAGUUGACGAGGGAGUGAAAGUAACCUCCACCUCAACGCCAUCCGCAGCACGUAAUCAACUGCCACAUCAUGCUACGUUGAUGAAUAGCUCGUCCUCCUCCUCAACUACGUCCAUCACGAUCAACGAUGCUACCGUACUGUCUGAUCCCUCGAACAGCUUAGCGAGUAACGUGGCACAGGUGACAGUUGUCACCAGUCACCCACCGGUGAUCAUCGAUAACUCUAUUCCUUUGCCACCAGCGGCCGGAUCUGCAGUAGCAACAGCAGUUGCAUCUUCCGGCACAUCUUCGUCUGCCUCGUCGACGAAAUCAUUCGGUUCCUCUCAGCAGCGCCGUUCUCGUGUCAUAUCUCCACCGGGUACGGGUGCCCACGAUGAGGUGAUUAUCGUCUCGAACGAGCUGAAUAAAACGCAUGUGAACGAAUCGUCGACGGAUGAUGACUUCCAAUCGUUGGACAGUCUGGAGAAUGUUUCUACGCGUCAUCAUCCUAUUCGAACACCCUCUCAGUUAGCAGCUGGCGGACGAGCGAUUGCACGAAAGCUGGACGAAAGCGAGGUGCUGAUCGUUAGCUCCGGCUUUGACGAUCGGCGUGAUCGAGUGCAGUUGGUGGAUGAGAUAAACGCCGGAUCGCCGGAUCGUGAUGUGGAUGCGUAUGGUGACGGUGAUCUGUUUAAUGCGAGCAGCAAUAAUCCACUGAAUAACAGCAGCAAACUAUUGCUGGACACUAGUCAUGUAUCAGUCGUAACGGUGGGUGAGGAAGAAAUCAAGGUGAAGGAUUCCUCACAACAUCAUCCGCAGCUGAUCAACAAUCCGCACCCGUCUCCGCAUCAAUACCAUCACGAUUCUACCAGCGACCUGUCGAACGUUAGCUGCGGUCCGAGCGAAUCGAGUGAUGAUGUGAAGGUGGACAUAGUGGUGGGAGUGGGCGGCCGUCAGCAGAUAUCCGCACAGCAACAGGCUUUGCAUCAUCUGCACCAACAGCAAAGAUCACCAUCCGGGUCCUCGAUAUCGCUUCCAAGCCAAACGGGCAAGGGAGCCGUUAGUGGUGGUAGUGUUAUCAAUGGUAAUAGAUAUAAUGGUGGCACCGAGUUCCACGAGAGCCGCGAGGACGUUAGUAUAAUUGUGAAUAAGCGAAAGAUUGAAAAGUCUCGGAUUUCCCCGGACAGUAGUGUUGGUUCGCUGGAUGGUGGUGGAUCCGUACGUUCGGCCAGCACGCCCAUUCAUCAGAAUCAUAAUCAUUCGCACCAGCAUGGUGGUGGCGUCGUGAUCGCUGGGAACCAUCAUCAACGAACAGGUAGCAGUGGAACGGCUCCAGUAUUGGCAAAGCAUCUACACGAUCGAAGCGAUGCGGAAAGCAUUGCAACCACCACUAGUCAUGAUAGUCGGGAACAUGCAUCGGUCGAGCUGGAAGAAGAGGUAACACUCCGGCGGAAGCCACUUCCUUCGCUUGAUCUUGAAGAUGACAAGGUGCCACCAUCUGUCGGAGGAACAGUAUCAUCCGGAUCGUCCACCUUGGUCAGUAGUGCCGGUGGUAACAGUGUUGCUACGACAACCACAGUAGCAGGAACACCGGGAGUUGCUGGAGUUGCUGCUGGUACUGCUCCUGCUGCUGCUGCUGCUACAGCAACCACCGGCGGUAAUGGUACAGCUGGCAUCAGACAAAAAACUAACCGUAACUUUACCAAGGAAGAGUUGCAUCUGCAAAAUCUGAAAAAGAAAACGCGCAAACGAACGCGCAAAUUCGAGAUCGAUGGGGUACAGGUGACGACCACCACCAGCAAGGUGAUCUACAGCGAUGAGGAUAACAACAAGCUGUACGAUGAUCAUCUGUUCCGCAAGCAGGAACUACGCGAGCUGAAGAUGCUACAGAAACAGGAGAAGAAACAGUUCUACGAUCUGCAGGGUAAGGAAGCGAUCGCCAAAGAGCAGCAGGAGAAAAAGUUCGAACAGGAGCGUAUGCAACUCGAGCGUACGUUCGAGGCAGACAUGGACGUGCUGGCCCGCCAGCACCGACAGACGGUGGAGAAGUUCGAACAACAGCAGGAAGCGGAACUUCGCAACACGUCCAAGAAGAUACGGGCGGAACAGGAACGAGACUUGAAGCUGUUCCGCGACAGUUUGAAGCAGGAAAUACGGUUGCUCAAGCAGGAGGUCGAUCUGCUGCCGAAGGAAAAGCGAAAAGAUGAGUUCCGCAAGCGGAAAACACAGAUGGAGUUUGAGCAUGAGGAGCGGGAAAAAUCGUUCCUGUCAUCGCUGUCAGAAAAUCAUGAGCUAGCACUGCGGCGAAUCAGCGAAAUAUAUCGCGAAAAGCUGUCCGCUACCGACAAAGGUUACCUGCAGCAAAAGCAAACGGCAAUGAGAACGCGCGAAGCGAUGCUGUGGGAGCUUGAGGAGAAACACAUUCACGACAAGCAUCAGCUGGCGAAGCGUCACGUGAAAGACAUCUGUUUCAUGCAACGGCACCAGAUGAUUAUCCGCCACGAGAAGGAAUUGGAUCAAAUCAAGCGUAUGAUCACUCGGAAGGAAGAGGAACUGCUGAAGCGGCAAACGAUCGAGAGGCGAGCACUGCCAAAGAGAAUCCGGGCCGAACGGAAGGCUCGCGAUAUGAUGUUCCGUGAAUCGUUGCGCAUUUCGAUGACCACCGAUCCGGAGGUGGAGCGGGACAAACUGAAAAAGUUCCAAGAGCAGGAGAAGAAGCGAUACAACCAGGAGCAGUUGCGUUUUGAAACAAAGCACAGCAAACAACUGGAAGAGUUACGAGCUACCUCAGAAGGGUCGAUUAGGGAACUGGAGCAACUGCAGAACGAAAAGCGGAAGCAGCUUCUUGAGCACGAAACGGCUAAACUUCGUGAAUGCGACGAAGCAUUGCAAAAGGAGCUUCGCGAAUGGAAGGCCCAACUGAUGCCCCGAAAACAGGCGAUUGAGAAGCAUCUAAGCCGCAUGGUGGACGAGUACGAGGACCGUUGGGGUCCGGUCGAUCGCCGCGAGUUUGAUGGCGAUUUUACCGUGCCGCCGGAGCUGCGUAAUCGCACCAAUUCCCUCAAUACCCUUUCCCUCCGGCUGCUGAACAUCACGCGCUCCCGUACGUUCCUAACGCUUCCCACGAUGGCAAACGGUGGCGUUGCUGGUGGCGGCGGUAACGGUGGUGGUAGCACAAACCGGAACAGUAUACACAGCUCGGUGCCGGAUCUUAGUCGGUCCAUGCCCAACACGCCCAACUCCGGGCACAAACUUUCACUCGCGUCGUCGUACGAUUCGGUGCUAGAAGAGAAUGAGGGUGAAAAUCAACCGCCGGCGGUUGCGGGUCGUAGCGGUGGUAGAAGCGGUAGCUAUCAGCCCCAAUCAGCCAUCAAGUACAUCCACACGAACGACCCGGUAGUGAGCGGUAAUGUGCAUGUAAGACGCAAAUCGGAAGACAUGCUUUCGGGCAAGUCACGAUCUACGCGUGUUCCGAUUAAAUCAUUCCUCUACUCGAACACCCCGGUUGGAACGAGUCGGAACGAGUACGCCGGUACUGGAUCAUCUCUGUACUACGGUGGUGAUUAUGGUGGUGGGUCUCGGGGAACACCGACCGGACCGAUGGCGUAUUAUUCCGAUUCGAAGGAUCGGGUUGUUUCGAUCCGUGUGAACAAUCAGACCACUAAUCGGAAACCGGCCAAUAUUUUCGAGGGUAUGUCUAAUCGCUCCAAUAUACCACAACCUUACACGGCUUCCGGUGGUACGAUGCCUCGUCGUACGUCCGCCGGUUGGGGACCGAGCCGACUCGGAGACAACACGUUCACUACCGCAUCGGACGCAAACAUUAACCGCCUGACAACGUUCAGUUCCGCCCGUGGGGGGCUUCCACUUCCUACUGCGAAUGGUAGCGGCGGCGGUGGUCUCAAGACUACGACACCGGGUUUGAAACUAUCACCUUCGACUCCUGUGCUACUUGCACCGAGUAAGGAUGAUGAUACGGUGGUUUAA